AUGAAGAAUGAAGAUCAAGCACGGACUCUGUUUGGGAUUUCUUUCUCUGAGAGGCCCAGAUGGAAACAAUUCCUCAUUUGCUCUUCUGGGUUCUUCUUUGGUUAUGUUGUCAAUGGCAUCUGUGAGGAACAUGUGUACAACAUGCUCCAAUUCAGCUAUGGAUGGUACUUCACGUUCGUUCAAGGAUGGGUGUAUAUAUUCUUGAUUUACUUGCAAGGCUUCACUCCAAAGCAAAUGGUGAACCCAUGGAAGACUUAUGUAAAGCUCUCUGCUGUGCUCAUGGGUUCAAAUGGACUUACCAAAGGCUCUCUGGCUUUUCUCAACUAUCCGGCACAACUCAUGUUCAAAUCCACCAAGGUCUACGUCUCAGAUCAUGGGUUAUACAGGAAUCAGUUAUGGAUCACCAACGCUUGCUUCAGCCAUCAGCACCUUGAUGCCGGCUGUCACUUCAGUGCUUGCCAUCAGUUUUAG